AUUAGUAAACUGAUAAUAUUACUGAGGUUGUAGGCCUACUUUAAUUAUUUAUUUAGGCCUACGUGGUAACAUGAACUAUUAAAUAAAAUAGAAACAUGAUCGCUAUUAUCUAUAUCUAGACACAAUAUCGUUUAUAGAUUUAGAUUCUAUCAUAAGUUUUAUCCCUAGUCACUUUCUAAAAUCUAGUCUACGUUGGGAUAGAGCAUAGCAAGGCCGUAAUGUAGACGCGUUUUCAAGUAGGUCUUAAGGACACGAACGUAAUAAAAGUUGAACAGGUUAUUGUUGUCCCAAAGUCUCGGCUGGGUCAACGACCCACACACACACUGCUAACACACUAUGUUACUGAGCUCUUAUGUAGUUCGGUAUUCCACCUUUCGGGUCACGGCAACUAAAAAUAGCACGCUAUUGAUUUUUUUCCCCUCAUGUGCUUGGCCUUUCAACUUCGAAAGGAAGGUGAAGGCCACGAAAAUGCUAAAUAACCCAGAUUCUUGUUUACGUCGUGGGAAGCUGCUCCAUGGUGUCUGCUUGAUAGAUUCUCCUCUGAAUGUGUGUUGUUGACAUUUUAGGCAAUUAGUAUCAGUCCUUGCUUUGUCAAGGAUGGCCAGAGGUGACUCUUUUAUCAACCGCUUAGUAGAAGAGCGCCAGAGGGCAGCAACCCUGACCCCAGGUCAAGACAUCAGUGUCACACCUGGCAACAAACUUCUGCCCACAGUCUUCAAGUGGGAAGGGGGAGGAAAGGAGGUUUUUCUAGCAGGCAGCUUCAACAACUGGAAAACAAAGAUCCCAUUGGCUAAAAGCCAUGGAGAUUUCUACACAAUCUUGGACUUACCUGAGGGUGACCAUCAGUACAAGUUUUUUGUGGAUGGUCAGUGGGUCAAUUCUCCCAAUGAUAGGUCCUCCUACUCUCGCACUCCUGUGACUAAUAGUGAUAUCGGCACUCAGAAUAACACAAUGAGGGUCAAGAGGUCAGACUUUGAUGCUUUCGAGGCCCUGGCUAUAGAUGGAAGGGCAGCUAAAAAAGCUGACAAAAAUGAUUAUGGACAAGAAAUUCCUCCCCGUGGUACUACAGAAGGCAAACACAGUGGUCCCCCCUUCCUCCCACCUCAGUUGUUGCAAGUCAUUUUAAAUAAAGAUACCCCAGCUCAUGUUGAACCUUCCUUACUGCCAGAACCAAAUCAUGUGAUGUUGAAUCACCUGUAUGCAUUAUCCAUCAAGGAUGGUGUAAUGGUAUUAAGUGCAACCCACAGAUUCCGCAAAAAGUAUGUCACCACACUUCUGUACAAGCCCAUCCAAUAGAAUAAUCUAUUUAAUUAGUAGGACUUAUGUAUAAAUUCUAGCCUCAUUUGAUUGGUCACAUCUGUUGAGCAGUAUUGAAUGUGUUGAGCAUAAUCUUUUGUUUGCUGGUGUAAAUACUUGUUGGCGGGCUGGAAUGAAUGAAUGACCGGUCCAGUCAAGUGGUUUUGUUUCUUCUUGUGGUAUAUACAACACUAGAAUGUUUGUGAUCAGUGGAAUAAUAAAUGUAUACAGAAUUUUUUUUGUUUUCAUUAUCCCCUUUCUUUCAUGACCAGAAAUUUUUUUCUUAACUGCCUGGACUGUUCAGCUAACUUUAGAGUGCCAAGUUGCACUACAUCACAUUAGUUAGUGCUAACAUGAUGCCAGUUCUGUUUAUGUAAAUAUGUAUAGAUAUGAUUAAACCAAGAAUGAAAAUAUUCA